AUGCUUGCUCGAAAUCUGAUUGUCUUGCUUUUUGCAGUGAACAUCCGCACCUUCGAUAGUGCUGCUCCCCUUCGGCAACUUGCACAUCACUCUUGUCAAGGCUACGACGAGGAGGUCGGUGGGUGUGAACAACUGCCAGCCUGCUCUGUAUGUCAGCCACAAGACUGUGUUUUCUCUCCGUGGAACUCCUGGUAUGAUGCCGGGGGUUGCAUUGGCCUUAAGUUCCGGGAGAGAUCGAAGUCCACCUCCAACAACGAGUGUGGCAAGCCGUGCAGUGGAGCCCUCCUGGAGUCUCAGUCCUUUGUCCAAGACAAGUGCAUUAAGAAGGUCACCGACUGCAUGUUUGGGGUAUGGUCUGAGUGGACUGCCUGCCACAGCUCGGCUGAUCAGUCGGUGAGAACAAGAUCUGUUGUGCAGCAGCCAACUGAGACAGGUAAGCCGUGCGAAGGGCCCACCAAGCUUACGAGGCCAUGUGGAACCAGCAGCCACCCACAAGCAUGCCAGUUCAGCCCGUGGCGAGAAUGGACAAGUUGCAGCUCUUCUUGUGGGGAAGGCCGCCAUACCAGGCUGCGGAGAGUUGAUCAGGAGGCUCGGCACGGAGGUGAGGUAUGCGUUGGUGUGCUGCUAGAGACGGUGCCUUGCACUCUGCCUCCUUGCGGCCGGAGUGAUUGUGAAGUCUCGGCCUGGUCGUCAUGGAGCGACUGCGCAGAGGAGGGGCAAACCCAGCGCAUCCGCAGACGAACAGUUCAGCAAAUGCCGGCUGGAGGAGGCCUCGGCUGUCCCACAGAGUUGGUGGUGACGGCCGGCUGCCCCGCAGCACCACCUCAGAACUGCUCUCUCACAGAGUGGACGCCGUGGACGCCGUGCGACAAGACGUGUGAUGGAGGUCAGUCGUACCGCGAGCGCCAGCUGAACCAGCCCUCUUCUUCUAACGGCUUCUGCACAGCAAGCGUGAUGAAGGAGAGCAUACAGUGCAACACGGCACCGUGUUACAAUCCGGAGGAGCACGACUGCAUGCUGGGUGAGUGGGACGCAUGGACCGCCUGCUCGGCCAAAUGCGGAAAGGGGCAAAAGCAUCGAGUUCGUAGGGUGACCAGACCGGCCACCGACAGAGGAAGAGGAUGCGAGGGGCCAAUGUCGGAGCUCUUUCCCUGCGAGGACUCGCAAUGUCAUCAGCAGGAUUGCCGGUGGAGCGACUGGGAUGUGUGGUCAGACUGCUCCUGCAGUUGUGGUGGAGGUGUGAAAAAGCGCAAUCGUGUGAUCGCCGAGUCUCCCCGACAUGGCGGCAAGCUGUGCUCGCCGGAAGUGAAGAGUGAGGUUUCGCCUUGCAACACCGAUCCUUGUGACCGAGGGUGUGUUGAUGCUGCUUGGGCACCCUGGCAGGAGUGGUCGAAGUGCUCUGCCUCAUGCUCUAUGGGCUUCCGUUCGCGCUCUCGCUUGGUUGAGGUCGAGGCCAACCACUGCGGCUUGCCUGUUGGUGGUCUUCGGGAGCAGUUCGAGAGCUGCUCCGAACAGCCCUGUGUCAAUGACCGGGACUGUCAACUUUCUGUGUGGGGCAGCUGGUCAAAAUGCAGCUGUUCUUGCUUCGGCAUCCGGGAACGAACUCGCACCAUCAAGGACUUUGCGGCCGGAAGUGGCAAGCCAUGCGACGGGCUUGCUCUCAAGGUCAUCGAAGCCUGCAACGAUGAUGACGAUGACCCGGCUUUCCGUGCAGCGGCUCUGAAGUGGCAUCCAGACAAGGCUGGCAGCUCACCAGAUGCACGCCGACGUUUUCAAGAAGCAGCUGACGCUUACGAGGUUUUAUGUGAUCCGCAGAAGAGACAAACAUACGAUGCUGCCUUGGCGCAGCAAUCAUCGCAGGCUGAAGCAACUGCAGCUUCGACGGCUAGCACGCACCGCGCCACGUCCUAUGGGCACGGACACGGGCAUCAGUAUGGAUAUCCCAAACAUCCCACAGCUCCACCAGGACGAAGCUCAGGUGCCAGGGCGCCCCACUACAGCUACCACGCACAAAGCGAACAUGUACAUGCGCGAGAGAGCCACAAGACCGCAGCGAAGGACAUCAGACCAACUGCUGCUGAGCUGCAUCCGCAGGGUUUCGGUCCUGCCUUCCGCGCGAGCAUAUCUGACCUUCAGACUUUGGCGACCUUUCGACAUGAGGGAGCAGUGUGGCUUCCGAAGGUUAAGGAUGUAAAAUGGUGCAGACCUGAUGGGGAUGCCAGACGAGUUCAGUUGUCUUACAUUGCGGAUUAUACCUCAUCCAGGAGCAGAGGUAAUGCCGUCUCACCAUUAGUGCAAUACCUGCAGACGUCCACUUGUGAUGCUUUGCAUACAUCGUUCCAAGACCAUCUAGACAGAGUGGCUGGCCGAUGUGAUUGUCGGCAUUUUCGCAUGCAGCUGCUCGAUUUCCCUGGUCGUGGUGAGCUGCAAUUUCGUGUGAAGCUAUGGCUGGAAGGUGAAACUGCAGCCCUUUUGCACAGCUUCGACGUUGCCUGGGAGUUCGUGCCGACAAGGUCGCUUUUCGUAAUGACACAAUUUGCGACAUAUCGCGUCGCCGCAAUUCGCCACGACUGUGCAGUUUGCCGGCAAGUGGAUCCCAUGGCAUCCCAGAGCGUUCAGGGUGUCUUCUCGAUGCCUCGGGUCGGCCAGAAGCGGUUUGCAUCACAGGCUUGCGGUGAGCCGCUGCCACAGGACUGUCAGCUCAGCGAAUGGAGCGAAUGGUCGCAGUGCAGCUUAAGCUGUGGUGGUGGCCAGAAGGAGCGCAGGCGUGAGCUUCAACGGGAGCCUUCCAAGGGAGGUCUAAUGCCCAACAUCCUUCCUUGGAAUGUCGAACGCCUCAAGGAAGUUGCCAAGUAUGAUGUGGCGGAAGUCAAGAAGGACUGGGAACUCCUGUUUGGGCAAUUCUCCGUCGUUGCGUCGCCAGGCGUACGAGUAGGCCCAGUCAACAGCCCCUUUGGAGUUUUCCAGCUUCGUGCUGUUGGAUUGUCAGCUUUCACCGCCACGACAGAAGGUUACAAGGAAUAUGCUGAUGAGGAGAAUGAUGACUCUUGCAACAAAAGUGCUGCACAUACCGGGAAUCUCACCCCCCUCCUGAACCGGCAGAAAGGGCAAGCCUUCCACAGCCUGUCCCAGGAUCGCCUAACUGGGUGCGGUGGUGGUCACUCGCCAGACUCACUCCAUCGAUCUGGUGCUGAAGCUGUUGUUCGACUGCUAGGCCACAGCGAGGCCGGUCUUCUGCGCGGCCCGCAGCAUUCAUGCAUCUUCCAUGAGAUCAUCGUGAGAGCCAAUGGAGACUUGAAGUGCCGAGGUGCCAGGGAGGUGUCAGGUUGCAGCAGCCAUUGCGAGACCACCAAGUAUUGCAUGGUCGUCCUGGACCAGCGCAACCUCUUGCGGCACAGGUUGUGGUGCCACCGCUGUUAUCAGGAAUCGGGUGAUGACUCUUGUGGAUCUACCGGGGCCAGACUACUUCUUCAAGGGUCUGGCCACCUCCAGCUGCUCUGCGACACAGCUCAACGUCAGCACUUGUCCAGAGUCUCCACAGUGCCAACCGACGUGUCGUCCGAGGCAUUCGAGACUUUGCCGCGGGGCUCUGAGAGCAUCCGGACAUCUUCAUGGGAUGAAAUGAGGAGACAAAGCACUGUGAAGCUGAUUGCCAAGUUCCACAAGACUGCAAGCUAUCGGUGUGGACCAGUUGGUCUGGCUGUGAAGAGGCUGGCCAAGCAGGCAAUGACGUUGCAGCACUUCAGAAGUUCCGUGAGCGGCAGGUCCUCAGCAAGCCCAAGAAUGGGGGUCUCCCAUGUGAAGGGAGUCUCCGUCACUUGGUUUCAGUGUAUGCCUGCAACGAUGUCACAGAUUGCAUCCUGUCAAAGUGGAGCAGUUGGGGUGUUUGCAGCCAGUCGUGCCCGCGGCUGGCAGAUGCGGAGCCGGCAGGUGCUGAUCCCAGCCCAGGGCAACGGGCAGCAGUGCAGCGGGCCCCUGCAGGAGAUCGGAGGCUGUGGUGAGGACCCGCUUGCAAAGCAUCCAGACAAGCAAUUUGUGCAAGGUCACGACUGUGAAUUUGAACCGUGGACACAGUGGUCUGGUCUGGAUGGGGACAACCAAAGGUUUCGAACUCGAAAGGUUGCCAUUCCUGCCUCCGGUGGCGGAAAGCCGUGUGAUGGGCCGCUGCAUGAAACGGAAACUGGCCAUGAGGAGAAGGUUGACUGUCAAAUGUCAUCAUGGACGUUCUGGUCCGCAUGCGACCGAACAUGCGGCGGUGGCCAGUCGCAAAGGCAGCGUCAGGUUGAGAGAUUUCCAAAAAAUGGGGGCGAUACUUGCCCGCACGAGCUUAUUCAAACUCGUGGAUGUACUUUGAAGGCUUGUGACUCCAAGGAUGCUGAGAUCAGUGAUUGGACGGAUUGGAGCCAGUGUUCCACCACCUGUGGUCCAGCGAACCAGGACCGCAAGAGGCAGGUUUUGGCCCUGCGUGGCGAAGGAGGAGAAGGAAUCACUGCCGACUUAGCGCAAACAAGACCCUGUGUUGGCAAUCUCCCGUGCGAGAAGUAUGAUUGUCUUUGGCAUGACUGGUCAGAGUGGAGCGACUGUACAUGCACGUGUGGUGGGGGGCAGAGGACGCGAGACCGAUCGGUUCGGCGAAUGCCCAGUCAUGGGGGACAGCCCUGCGAACCCAAGGACAAGGAGGAGAUUGAGCCGUGCAAUAUGCAAAAAUGCCAGAGCGAGAACUGCAUCGUGGCUGCCCCAGCCUGGAAGGGAUGCAAAAUGCAGAGAUAUGCAGGGCGACGUGCAUCUAAGAGUGCCUCUUUGACUUUUCUCAACUUUCAACAAUGCUUUCAACUCAUUGUUCAGGAUGGUGAGUUUGGUGCAUGGUCUCAGUGGGGAAUGUGCUCCGCGUCGUGUGGUGGAGGAGUGUCAUUCAGGCCCUUUGCAAUGCCUCUGAGCAAUUUGGACCACUCUUCAAGUGCUGCCCAACGCACAGCCACGCUCCGCGACACCAGGCACAGGUCCAUCGUUCAGGAUGCCAAUGAAUGUGGCAGCGAACCUUCGGGCAAGGCCCGACAGACGAGGUUUUGCAACACGGAUGUGGACUGUGAACAGCCUUUGGACUGCCUUUUUGCUGCGUGGUCGCAGUGGACACCCUGCACGCGGACUUGCGAUGGUCUACAACGCCGCAACAGGCGGGUGGACAGAUUUGGUCGUGGGAAGGGCGCGUGGUGUCUUGGCAAUUUGAAAGAGACCAGGACUUGCAACCCUGUUGUUGGAGAUGCGCCACCUGGAGGGUGCUCUACGGGUCCCGUUGCCGACUGUCAAUUCUCCAUGUGGGCUGCCUGGUCAGUCUGCAGCGCCACGUGCGAUGGCGGCAUGCACACGCGGUCAAGAAGUAUCACUUCAGAAGCUGCAAAUGGGGGCAAGGCUUGCGAGGGUCCGAUGACCCAAGUCCGCGAAUGCAGCCGCAAUGACUGUGUAGCGCCCCCUCCACGAAACUGCCAGUUGGGUGAAUGGCGCGAGUGGGGUGCUUGCGGCAAGUGCAAUGGACAACGUUUUCGCAGCCGGAACAUCAUCCAAUAUGCCGAGAAUGGUGGCCUCAACUGUGACGAGGCAGAUACUCAAGAGGCGACGUCAUGUCCCAGGCAGUGCCAUGAACCGUCCUAUUGUGUGUGGUCGGACUGGGAAGCGUGGAGCAGAUGUUCGGUAAGAUGUGGAACUGGUGGGAAGCGAAGUAGAAGGCGCUGGUUGGAAAUAACGAGUGACGAAUCGCGAGCCUUGGACGUACUCCCUCCUGUGGAGGACCUUCUGCAGAAGUACUCUAGCCUUUACAGUCAGACGCAGGCGCGUGAAGCGCUGUACAAGCUCGGUUUCUGUUGGUUAUGA